AUGCCGGCAAAAUUAAUUCGUUCGAUAAAUCAGUAUUUAUAUCCUCAAGAUGAGAUAUUCAUAUUGAUAAGACCUAUUAUUACACUAAUUAAUAAUACUGUAGGAGUAGCUGCUUUAGCUAUGCCAUUUUGUUUUCAUCAGUGUGGUAUUUUAUUAUCAUUUUUGUUUCUUGGAAUUACUGCUGCAUUUUCAAUAAUGUCAUGCGAUGCUUUAAUUGAUAUCUGUUCUACUCACCGAGUCCUUCCAUUUGAACAUGCUUGCUUUAAAGCAUUAGGACAUAUGGGAAAAAGUUUAGCUGAAUUAAGUGUUAUUUGUCUGUUGUUUGGUUACGUUGUAGGAUAUUAUGUUACUAUUGCAGACCUGAGCACUGGUGUUGUUUCACAAAUCGCUGUAACUAUGCCAACUCAUCAGCUUCGAUUUAUUCUACUAGUGACGUUUACAGUUACUUUAAUACCGCUUUGUUUAGUUUCAAAAGUUCAAAGUUUACUUCGAUUGAAUGUAUUUACAAGUCUGUUUUAUGGUGUAGUUACUUUUCAUAUGAUUUUUAUACUUGGUCUACCUCGAUUAAUUUCCAAUAUGCCUUGGGAAGAUAUGAAUUGGUGGAAACCAGCUGGUCUGAUUGAAUGUAUUCCUAUAUUUUUAGCUUCAAUGUUCUGUCAAACACAAUUACACAUCACAUCAUCUAAAUCUUUUCAACCAACAUUAUCAAAUAUGCGAUUGAUAGUUCGUGUUGCAUUGAUUACAGUGGCUAUAGUUUAUGGAUUUUUUGGUUUCUUUGGCUACGUAGCAUUUAUUAGUUCGGAAAGGACAAUAUUUUCCGGUAACGUCUUUCUAAUGUAUCCAGAUGAUUUACGUAGUUUCUGUAUACGUGUUGGAUUUCUACUAACCAACAUUGUCUCUAUACCGCUGAUUAUUUUCCCAUUACGUCAAACUGUAUACAAUUUAUUAUGUCAAAAAAGAUUAACUUCAUUUGGUGUGGAUUUGGAAAUCGAUUCAACUAUGAUUUCUGAAGAAGUUCCAAGAAGGUUUAUUCAAAAAAUCACUAUCUCAUUACUACUUGUCUCGUUUCUUCUCAGUUUAACUACGGAUAAAAUUGAAGUAAUCAUUCGAUAUACAACUAGUGUAGCUGGUUCAUUGACUGGUUUCAUUUUACCAGCAUUGGUACUUAUUGUUGCCACAAUAAGAAAUGGUAAUCAUCAUCAUCAUCAUCAUCAUCACAAUGGUAGUAGUAGUAGUAGUAGUCAUAAUAGUAUUUCACGUUUUUUACAAAUUUAUCGUAAUCAUUCAAUUAGUGCUUAUUGUCUACUAUUAGUUGGUUGCCUUCUAUUCUCAUUAGAAUUUUUCACAGUACAUCAUACAAAUAAUGGUAAUACGAAUUCAUUAACUAAUUUAAAUGGAAUUAAUAAGAAUAAUCUUCAAUUAUUAUCAAGGGAUCAUAUUGUUGAUACUACUACUAGAAAUAGUAGUAGUAGUACUACUACUACUACUAAAACUGUUACAUCUCUUCAAUCGAAUAUUGUUAAAGUGAAUUUGAAUGCUCCACAACCAAUUUUAAAUGUUACAAUGAAAAAUCCCCCUGAACCAAUUGAUCUAACAAAAAUUCAAUCACAAAUGAAUGUUAAUGAUAAGUUAACUAAUAUUUCGUCAUUGAUUCAGCAACAUCAUCAACAAACUAAACCAAUUACUAUUAUAAAUAAGACUAUUUUGAAAAAUUUUAAAAAAUCACGAUAA